AUGCCUCCCCUCACAAUCCGCCCCGCCUCGCUGUCCCGCGGCGAUGCCGACCUCUUCCUAGACUUCUGGGACUCCCAAAUCGCAUGGCUGGCAAACAACGGCGGCGCCGACCAAUGGGGCACCGUACCCAUCCGCACCGCACGUCCCGAAGCAAUCGACAAAGUCCUUUCUUGGAUAACGAGAAGCGAGACUGGCACGUCAUGGGGUCCAGAGUGGAGGCGUGCGUUCGUUGCGGAAGUUGCAGAUGAGAAUGAUGAGAGGACCCCAGUCGCGAGUAUUAGCCUGCAGUCAACGCCUGCGAAGUAUGUAACAGAUUAUCUGGCCGAAGACGAUGAGCCGUACGUGUACGUGAUCUGGCUCAUGACGAAUCGCGAUGCCGGAGAGGCGGCGAAAGGGGUGGGAGGGGCGUUGAUUGAGUAUGCGAAGGGAGUGUGUAGGGAGGUUGGGGUGAGGAGAAUGUGUCUUGAUUGUUAUCGUGGGAAUGAUCGGAAGCUUGUCAAGUACUACGAGAAGCAAGGGUUCACGAUUGUUAAGGACUUCACGGCUGGAGAGAAGGAGUGGCCGGGGAGUGUAAUGGAGAUGAGGGUCUGA